CAGGCGUCGUGAACGACUCACUCGUGGGAAGAGUGAGACCUUGUCCCUGCUUCCCUCUGCCUCCGACUCCGCUCCAGCGCGCGGUCCCUACCCCGGCGGAGUCCCUCCCUCCCUCCACGGCUGCAGGCUGGGCCGACGCUACCGCACCUGCACAAGACGCAGUCGGGGAGAUGAACGCUCCGCGCGCCCCGGGCUGGUGGGGGCUGGGCGGAGGCUCCAGCCGAGGCGGCGGAGAGCGGCCAAGGGCAGGGGAGCCAAAGGCGGCGCGGGGCGGACAGAGGGGUCCAGAGACACUUACCGAGCGCGUGGGCGGGCUGUCGGAGGCCCCGCUCUCUAUGGCUGCUCCCAGUGGCUUGUCUGGCCCGCGGUUCCAGUUGCCUCACUAGCCUGGGAGGACCCAAUACUCGCGCCGGCCCUGUGGCGGGAGAGGAAACGAGCUUAUCGCCUCGGAGUCGAGAAGCGACGGCCGCAUCCGAGAGCACAGCCCCGCCCGGAACAGCCUCACCUACGGUGCCGCCGGCGACUUCCUUCCACCCGGAGCUCAUUUACAUGGACACAGGCGAAGUGCCCCCUCGGCGCCUAAUUGGUUCCCAGGGUCAAAGUUACUGAUCCCAUGGCAACUGAUGUUUCUAAUAGUCCAAGUCUGUGACUUUGCCCAAACGUCAUUCAGUUCUGGCAAGUGGAGUGAACUUAGGAUGUCAGCCAAGACCUUUUGGGGGAUUCUUGCUCUGCUCCGAAUUUUCUGGUGUCUUCUUCCUCAGACAGGUUACCUUCAUCCUGAUGAAUUCUUCCAAUCACCUGAGGUCAUGGCAGGAGAUAUUUUAGACCUACAAGUCUAUUAUCCCUGGGAAUUCCUUUCCAGUUCUCCUUGUAGAACAGUUGUGUUCCCAUUAAUUACAUCUGGCAUUACCUACUGGAUGAUCAAGUCUUUGCAACAGCUGGGCAUGUGGUCAAAUGUCAUCAACAGCUAUACCCUUCUUGUGUCACCUCGCCUUCUCCUCACCACCUUUUCUUUCAUACUUGACUAUAGCGUGUAUCAGCUAGCUCCUUUCUGGGGUGCAGAUCGGUGGAAUGCCCUGGUUCUGCUUGCUGGGUCCUAUGUCACACUAGUAUUUUACACAAGAACAUUUACUAACACACUUGAAGGACUUCUGUUUGCCCUGCUGAUGGUACUAGUAUCUCCAAAAGCCGUUGGUUAUGGAACAGACAUCAGCCAGGCGAAACCUACCAGUAGCAGUCUCAUAGGGAUUAUAACAGUUGCUGGGUUUUUCAACAGGCCAACUUUUCUGGCAUUUGCUUUAAUGCCAUUGCUUUACUGGGCAGUUUUAAAUGCCACUUCUCAGCACAGUAUUAAAACUAUUGCAAAGCACCUCUUGAAGCUUGUUUCAAGCACAGCUUUCACUGCCAUCAUCUUCACAGCAGCUGACACGUUAUAUUUUACCUCCAUUGGAUCAGAGAUUAGCCUAUACAGCAUUAAAAAGAAUGGCCUGUUAAGCACCAUAGCUCAAAUAAAUCAGAAUGUAAUAGUGACCCCUUUUAAUUUUCUCCGCUAUAAUCUUAAUCCCCAUAAUCUUGCACAGCAUGGGAUUCACCCAAGAUUUACUCAUUUUGCAGUCAAUGGGAUAAUGCUCUUUGGGAUCCUGCACAUUCUGGCCAUCAGUGUUGGUUUAAAAAUGCUGAAAUUAAACAUCCAUCUAUUAUCAUGGAUCAGACUACAUAAUCAUAGACCAGCUACAAUGUUGGUGCUUGCCAAGGGCAAGCCAACAUUAUUGUUAUUCUAUUUUGUUCCUUUGGCAUUCCUUUCCCUAUUCAACCACCAAGAACCUCGAUUCCUCAUUCCUCUUAUUUUACCACUAGUCCUAUUGAUCACACCGAAGAAUAGAACCCUGAAGUGGAAACCCAUCAUUAUUAUUUUCAAUGUUCUUGGUGCCCUUUUGUUUGGGUGCUUACACCAGGGAGGGCUGAUCCCAUGCCUGUCUCAUUUAGAACAGCUCAUACAUUCUACAGAGUCCCUGAACCAUCCAGCACACUAUAUUCUACUCUUUGCUCACACCUAUAUGCCUCCCAGGUUUCUGCUCAGUAUCAAUAAGAGAGACCCAUUAGUAGAAAUAAUUGAUAUGGCUGGAACUGAAGAAAACACCCUCUGCCAAACACUGGGACAAUUAGCAAACAACAUUGCCUGUGGGACUAGAGAGACUGAUAAAGAAAGAACUUGUCAUUUUUUUGUUAUAACCCCUGGUACAGUCAGAACAACAAUACAAAAAUGUGGGGUUUUGUUCAAGAAUGAGACGUUAAUAUUUCCACACUUGACAAUGGAAGAUCCACCACAAAUAUCCUUUCUAUUCAGUGAAAAAUGGAGAAGUCAGUUAGGACUAUACAUCCUUCAGAUAGACAGAAAUGAACAGAGCAUUUAGUUAUUAGAGGAUUUAUGUUUCACUUUUUAAUUUUAUUUAGUUCUGGUGAAAGUUGCUGGAUCAACAGUCCUGGAGAUUGAUGUUCUCUCCAUUUAGUCACAGACACGAGUACAGCACAAGCAGUGGGAGUGAAAACUUCCCCAUAUUGUCCCCCCAACUAUUACCCACACCAGUGUUCCUCAGCCCUGGUCUGGAUGGAUGCUAUCUAAGUGUGAGGUCGUUCAAUCUCCAGCAUUGUUUUUACACCAGGAUAAUUUUCCUGCUGGGAGAGGACUAAAUCAGAGAAAAAAGGCUGAAGUUCUCUGCACAAAACUUUCCAGAUGGUUUUGGGUCAGUUCUUCUCAUGUCAGGUAUAAUGUUUUGUUUUUUGAUUUUUUAUUAUAUCUCUUUGGAUUAUACUUUUUAUUUAUAUGCAUUAAUGCUACAGCUAAGCAUUCAGGGCCUCCUCCCAGUAGUUACAGUAGGCUCCAGUCACGAUAUAGAAUUCAUCUUUAUGAGCACCUCAGUUACAGGAUGGUGCAUGAUCAGAUAUAUCCUCUCAAGGGAUUGUAUCAUGUCCUUGAAAAGGGAGUGGGAUUAGUUUCAUUGUCUAGUAAUGUCUAAUGUUUCAUCACUAGCAAGUCAGAUCCUAGGAAUGGAAACCCCAGGUUCAAUCCCCAAACCAGCCACUGCUUAGUCUUACUGUUCAUUUAGCUUUUCCUGCUACAGGGCCAUUUAUUUGUGGAAACAGUAUAUUUUAAAUUGCCUUUCUAUUAGGAGUGGAUCUGAACUUGAACCCUGGAUUCACAGAUCCCUGAACUACAGUGAGGGGAAUUGCAGAAGUUGAACCAAGAUCUGGAUAGAAAUUUCACAGGUGACCCCCUUUGGAUACAGGAGUUUGGUUCUGGGCAUUAUGGACAAACACUUCCAGACUUCGGGGAAAUAUUAAUCCUGAUCCAAACCUUGUAUGUCAAGCCUGUCUCUUUCAGAUGAACCUGCCAGUGAUAAAUGGGACCUGUUCAAAUGCCAGUCAUACUACACGAAGGGCAUGGUACAUACAGUUUCAGAUCUUAAAUGCCAAUUUUACAAGCAGACCAAAUAAUGGACUAUGAAGAUAGUUUAUGGGGCCAAGUUAUAAAAGGAAAUCAAGACCAAGUCCCAAUAUCAAGAAUUUAUCAUUGUUUGCCAGAUUUCACAGAAGACAAUGUCCGUGCUUGGCAUUCUGAUCAAUGUAAAUAGUUAUUGAUCUCUGCAAAGCACUUUAUACUAGAGGGAAAACUGUUUUUCUUAAUUGUGGAAAUGCAUGUAGGUUAUGUGUGUUUGUUUGCUUUGCUGUUUUAUGUAACAUUAGAAGAAGUUAUGAAAACACCUUGAUACUGUACUCCAGCCCCUGCUGGGAGCCCCAGGCUCUUUAAAUUACCCCCUGGGGAAGCCGGGCCGCCCCUUUAGCAACUGGUUCUACACCGGCUUCUAAAUUUAACAACCGGUUCUUCUGAACCGGCUCCAGCUCACCACUGGUUGUAACAUCUCCAGAGUUACCACCACUAGGAGAGGCUCACAGAUAUUGGUUCAAACUGGAUUCUCUAGAGACCAACAGACAAAGAGUAGACUUUUAGAUAAAUAGCCUGAAUUUAAACUGACUCGGGGCCUUCUUUCCGAUCCAGCAAACGGAUUGUGGGGAAAGAACAAUUGCAUUCUGCCAAUAAAUUGCAUAUCUUAUGUUAUGCUUUCAUGCCUAUUGUGGGGAUAAUUAUGACAAUAAAAGAAUUAAAGUUAGCUUAAGUCUGGUUAAGAAAAUAAUAUACACCUCUACUCCAAUAUAACGCGACCUGAUAUAACACGAAUUUGGAUAUAACGCAGUAAAGCAGUGCUCCAGGGGGACGGGGCUGCGUGCUCCAGCGGAUCAAAGCAAGUUCGAUAUAAUGCGGUUUCACCUAUAACACGGUAAGAUUUUUUGGCUCCUGAGGACAAGGUUAUAUCGGGGUAGAGGCCAUGAGAAUAAGUAGUAUUACUUAUUGCUUGUAGUGUGGGAAGGAUGUUUGGUUAAAAAAGUAACCAAUAAAAUAAAGAGCUGCAGUAACAAACAAAAACUGUCUUAAAAGAAACAAGCACAAAUCUGCCCACUGUUCUGCUGAUAAGCAAGGAGUGGGGAGGAGAUAAGAAGGGAAGGUCUUGGAAGAAGGAAAAUAGCAAGGAUAAACUGCUUCAAAUGGGAUUUUUGCUCAAGAUAGCAAAUUAGAUGAAGGAUAUAAAGCGAGCCAUGAAUCUGAAGGUUGUUUGUGAGACCCUGCCUGAUCAUGCUGGAGUACACUAGGAUUAGAUGAUUUUUACUUAGGUCUGGUGUGUCUUUAAGUAAGUAUACUGAUCAGAUGCUUACAACUACUUUGUUAUUGUACUGGAUGUAGUGACUGCUUAUUUUUAGGUUGUUAGGCAUGUUUAGAGCAAUUGUAUAAAAUACCA